CGGGGGGAGGCCCGAGCCUGGGAGUCACCGAAGGGGAGGAGUGGCCGCUGUGUGCUCUACCGGGCAGUCUCUGGGGCAAUCCGCGAACCCAAGACCUUCACCUGAUUGCUGUGAGCACUCCAGGAAGUGGGCACCCUCCCUCAGCCCUCGAGCAAGCAAAAAUGAGUUUAAAAAAGAAGGAGAAGAAGCAGCAGAAGCAGCAGCCACAGAGCUUGUGACAGCUACAGCCUAAGAGCAACAGGCAGGGGAUACCAAGGACCAGAAAGAGCAGAGGCUUUUUCAGAGAAAGAGACCCCUCUCCCGGCACCCAGCGAUGGCAGCAAGCCCCACCCACAGUGCCUGCUAAGAACAAGUCCCACGUGAGGACAACACGGCCCCCCGAGAUGCCCACAGGGACCCCGAGAUGCCUGCAGUGCUUGGCUCUCCCGCUGGCCGGCUGCCCACCUGGCUCAGGCCCAGUACUCACCCUGGUCACACCUGGGAGAGGAGGAGACAAGAGCAUAGCACCUGCAGCAAGAUGGAUGUGGGCAGCAAAGAGGUCCUGAUGGAGAGCCCGCCGGACUACUCCGAAGCUCCCCGGGGCCGAUUUGGCAUCCCCUGCUGCCCGGUGCACCUGAAACGCCUUCUCAUCGUGGUGGUGGUGGUGGUCCUCGUUGUCGUGGUGAUUGUGGGAGCCCUACUCAUGGGUCUCCACAUGAGCCAGAAACACACGGAGAUGGUUCUGGAGAUGAGCAUUGGGGCACCAGAAGCCCAGCAACGCCUGGCCCUGAGUGAGCACCUGGGUACCACGGCCACCUUCUCCAUUGGCUCCACUGGCCUCGUGGUGUAUGACUACCAGCGGCUCCUGAUCACCUACAAGCCAGCCCCUGGCACCUGCUGCUACAUCAUGAAGAUUGCUCCAGAGAGCAUCCCCAGUCUUGAGGCUCUCACUAGAAAAGUCCAGAACUUCCAGGCCAAGCCCGCAGUGCCUACUUCUAAGCUGGGCCAGGCAGAGGGGCGAGAUGCAGGCUCAGCACCCUCCGGAGGGGACCCGGCCUCCCUGGGCAUGGCCGUGAGCACCCUGUGUGGCGAGGUGCCGCUCUACUACAUCUAGGACGCCUCAGGGUCAGUGGAAGCCCCAAGGGGACAGGAAAUGCCCCGGGCAAAGGGUCUUUUGCAGCUUUUGCAGACGGGCAAGAAGCUGCUUCUGCCCACACCGCAGGGACAAGCCCUGGAGAAAUGGGAGCUUGGGGAGAGGAUGGGAGUGGGCAGACAGAGGUGGCGCCCAGGGGCCCGGGAACUCCUGCCACAACAGAAUAAAGCAGCCUGAUUGAAAAGCAAA